AUGGGGAAGCUAUUAUCAAAAAUAUUUGGAAACAAAGAAAUGAGAAUUUUAAUGUUGGGGCUUGAUGCUGCUGGAAAAACCAGUAUCCUCUUUAAAAAAAUGCAUGAGCUAUAAUGCAUUGAAUAAUGAGAGACUUAUCUUUUCAUUAAUUUUUUAAUGUGAUUUUGUGCAAGUAUCUGAUACUUACAAGCUUGGUUAAUAUGUGUUUGAAUUAAUAGUUGUAGUGUUAUUCAGGAAUUUAGAGGGUUGAGAGCACACAAUAUUAUAAUAAUUUUUUCCCAUGUUGUCAGAACUUGCGACAAUUAUUGUUUUCUUCUCUCAAUCUUCUGAAUUCCUACUCUUCGCUACAGUGUGUAAAAUGCUGUCAUAAUGUAGUUUUGAAACCAGGGCAACAGACCAUGGUUGUAUGUCAGGUGAAACGUGCCUCGCUAAGUAAUUGCAUGUUUGUAUCUUUAGUAUAUAUUCUAGAGUAAAAGAUAGAACAUAGAUAAUACAAACAAAAUUUUCUGUUUCACACUUAGAAUAAGGGCCUUGGUUUUUAAAUUUGAGUAAACACAUGCACGGUGGGGUUAUCAAUAUGUAACACCUGUACAGUGUAAAUAGCGUUUAUAUUUUCUGACAGUUAAAUUCCGCUUAAGGAUUGUACCAUUUUCCAGGUAAUGUCGUAAGUCUAAUAGGUGUACAAAGAGCUAUGAGGAUUAUAUUCCACUCUGUUGUUGGUAGUGUAAAGUUUUAAGUUCAUGUGAAUUAUUUUCUUUAGUUGGUACUUUUUCAGUUGCAUAUACUUACCACCAUCGGAUAUUAGUACAGAUUUGUAACCUAACUUAACCUAGUGACUGAGCUUACAAGUAGCUACAAUGUAUCAGGGCUCAAAAAGAACUUGAAUUCCAGCUUGUCCUUUGGGUAAGCAGCUUUUACAUUUUGCUUGCCCAAGGCCACUCCUUGCUCAUCAAAGUUAAUGAUUUUGUUGGAGGUUGAAUUGUCUGGACCUUCGCUGUUUCAGCAAGUAAGCUUUAUAAGUUACUUGCUCAUCAGGAAACUAUUCUUGUCCUGGACUACUGGACGAGACUUGUUUCAAGCCCUAGUGUAUAGUCAUGUCGUGAUUCAGUUUCAUCCUUGGUUUAAAUUUUGUUUUCCGUUGUCUUUGGGAGUGGUUUUGUUGAUUAUGAGUUUAUAAAAUAAAGUUAAAUAAAAUUUGAACCAGGGGAAAAAAUGAGCUAAAACGUGCAAUGUAUUUAAACUGUGAUGAGGUUAAGUACAUUGUAAUGGACAAUAUUUUGUUAUUUGUAAUUUAUUUUUUAUUCCAUUCUAUAGAUAAUACCUGAGUUGUACAAUAUUAAUUAAUAGAGGGUUGUUUAAACUAUGUGUACAUAAGGUAAGCACAAAAAUUGAGAAUGGAGAAGGGCACAUUAUAGUAAAACUAAUUAUUGCCCUUUAACAAGAUUGACUAAGCAGCUUCAAAAAAACAUGGCCAUCAUCCUUGCUGGCUGGCUACUGACUGCUGAGGGUUGCAUGGGGGCUGAGGAAAAGAAAAAAAUAGUAAUUCUCUAGAGUGUUCAUUUCCUGAUUUCUCUAGUGAUAGCUCUGUAGUUGCUCUGACCUCUUAGAGCUUGUCCCUUGUUUUUCCUCUUUACAUGUGAUAUUUUUUCAAGGUUUGUCUGAUUCACAUGCAUACAUGUAUGUACAUGUAAAAUAUAAAAAGACAAAGAGGAAAUUCCCUCAAGCAUAUCACAUAGCCUACACUAGGAAAGCAAAACAUAAAGCUAGAGAGAUCUCUUUUAAAGGGAUGAAAAUGUAAGUUUCAUCCAACAUGUCUAUCUUUUUCAUCAAUAAUCCUUUACAUUGUACAUUUUCUACUGUUGAUCCCAGAUGUCCUCAUUUCUUAGUGCAGUUUGAAAAAAACUAGACACAUUAUUACUAAAUAUUUAUUUGCUUAGUCCAAGGUUUAUAACAGCUGUAAACUUAAUGUUAAAAAUGGAAAUCACAGUUUGCAUUAUCAGGGUGCUAAAAAGGUAGUUUUGCUGCUUGGUACGUGUAUUUGGGUAUUCUGUAGCUAGUAUGUACUAGCCCAAGAGAUAUUCUAACUACCCAUGUUUUUGAUGAGCAGGAUCUGUGACUUUGCUAUGACUGUAAAUAGGUUUUUGCAAUGUUCCUUGUUACAUUUUGUUGCAUUUAUAUUCAUAGAGUUUACAAAAAAAUAUUUGUUGAUCCUUAACACCAAGCAGCUGUAUUGUACAAGCUUAAACUUGGACAGUCAGUCACAACCAUACCAACUGUAGGUUUUAAUGUGGAGACAGUGUCCUACAAGAAUGUUAAAUUCAAUGUUUGGGUAUGUUCUAUUAUAAUGCUCUAUCUUGAAUCUAUUAAAUAAUAUUGUUAACUCAUUCAUUUGUUCGGAGCGAUAACUUAACAAAUAGACAACAAUUUUCCAAGGUCUGUACUCUAAAAUGAUGGCAAAAUGUUCAAAACUCAAGAGGAACCAUAAGCCACAGGCAAGUGGUUUCUCUGUAUUGUUUCACAAUCAAGUUAAUUUAACUGGCUGAUACAUACAUGUACAUGUAGCUUUCAGUUUCUGAUGUCUUAAACUUGUAGCACUUGGUCAAUGCCCUGAUGAUUGGCUAGCACUCUACUUUUCAGUUCUUGACAUUAUCCAUUUUAACUUGCAAUGAACCAAAUCUGUUCAGAUACCACAUUUCACUGUCAGUUGUAGAUGGUCAUUGUACAUUCAGGAGCAAAAUGAGGUUAACACUAUUUCAGUAUUCAAAACUUUGACUGUGACCAGUCUCAUAGCAUGCAAGAUGUUAGUUUAGUAAGCUUUUUAAGUCCUGCAACUGACUUUGGAUAGCAAACUUCCUACGCAUAAGAAGUUCGUAGCCAUGGAGAUUGUACCUAUAUUUUGACAUUUGAGAAAUAGUAUUGUUUGUUUUUUUAGGAUGUUGGUGGACAAGAUAAGAUUCGCCCUCUUUGGCGGCAUUACUAUGCUGGGACCCAGGGCUUGAUAUUUGUAGUUGAUUGUGCCGACCGUGAUAGAAUUGAUGAAGCAAGACAAGAGCUCCACAGAAUUAUAAAUGACAGACUCAUGAAAGAGGCCAUUAUCUUAAUAUUUGCAAACAAACAGGAUCUACCUGAUGGUAGGUAUAAUUGGACACAUUAGACAUGUAGCGCAUUAAAAAAUGCACAUUUGUGCUUUUUUUGGUAAUGCAUUUUGCGAAAUUAAUUAAGCCCGCUCUCAGUUAACACCCCCCUUCCCCGCUCAAACUUGCUUUGAGUACAGAGUUUUAGUGGAACCUCAAUAAUAUAACAAAGGGCCAAGGGACUGGCAAGAUUUGUUCACUAUAACGAAGUUUGUUAUACCAAGGGCCUCGUGAUAUAUAGGGGUUUCUUAUAUCGAGGUUUCACUACAUGAUAGAGGAUUUUCAAUAGUGGGCUAUAACAGACCAGGAUGUGUUGUUAUUUCAUCAAGACUCUUGGUUGAAAAGGUUUAAAGGCUUGUUUAUAGUGGAAAGUGCACCUACAUGUAGCUUAUCCAGCUAGUUUACAGGCACUCCACUCAAAUACUUAGAAACAAAUAAUUCAAAUGCAACAUAACAGGAUUAAAAACCCCAACUGGCAGGUGACAGUUGGCAGUUGGCUAUUUACAAGUGUGGCUGAGGAUUUGAACUCAGGACGACCAAGAACAAAUCCUGCAAGUCGCCAGAGUGUGACUACGUGCUUACCACUCUGCCACACUGCCUCCUUGGUGUGGUUGAUUGUUUUGUAAAUCUACUAUAACCAUUGAAAACAACUACAAAAAGUACAUUUAAAGCAAUAGGUACAUCCUGUAGCAUCAGAUAAUAAAUUGUCUGUAAAAUAAUUUCCUAUUAUACUAAUGCCAGCAUCACCACUAGACAUAGAGUUUACUGGGCAUACAUAAUAAUAGGUGUUCAAUGUGCAAAGUAAAAUACCAUCAACCAUGUGACCCUGUAAUUGCUUAUGUGUAACAGUUUUAGUUGAUGUUUUCUUAUAAUGAAGAUUGUGGGACAGAUUUGUUUCCAUUGUCUCUUUUAUAGCAUAAUUUGCUGAAAUAAAAAAUGACCAAAUUUGUCAUGGCUUCUGUUUGUUUUGGUAAACAUGCAUUUCUCUGCACCAAUGUUCUUUACUUAUCUUAUUGUAAAGUUAAUGAGGAAAGAUGAGCGUAAAAAUUAGCACACACUGUAUGUUCUGGCACGUCUCACUGUGAUUGAAAAGAUUGCCUUGCUUACUUUCAAAUAGUAAUUUUCAAUUUUUUUGGCACUUCAAUUAUCAAACUUACCAGGUGCAAGGCUUCCAUUUGGAUUCUUUGGCUCUUAAUCUGCUCUGUAAGAUGGUUAUUAUUGCAUUUUUGAGUUGCUAAUGUUUGAGUAAUGAUGUAUAUUAAUUCAUUUAUUCUUAUCAGUGAAGGGUUUAUUUGCUUACUAUUGAUGCACUGGCCAAGGAAAAGGAAUAAUAUUGCUUUGUUUCCGCUAAAUGUCUUUAAGUUAUCAAAACUAAGGAAACUUGCUUAUAAAGUAUUAUUAUUCCACUAUUAUCUCAUUUUACCAUAUAAGGUCAAGAGAACGUGCAAAAUAUGAGGCCAUAAUACACUGCACUGUAGUGUCCUGGUUUAACCAGUUUGCAACAGGGCAAAUACCGGCGGAUUGGAUGUAAAUGGAGCAACUAUGGUAGACAGAAUCAGGGUGUUUUGGAUACUCUUACCAAAAAAUAGAGGCCAAAAUAACAUUUUUUUUUACAGUUGAAUAAUUAACUGCUCAAUCAAUGGCUUAGGCUGCAUAUAAUAUUGCAAACAUGUAGCACAUUGUAUGAAUUUUCAAUCAUAGCUUUAACAUUUUGACUUCCGGAGAAGUGUUACUGGUUUUGAUACCCAGCAUUACGUUUUUUUUCUUUUUUAUGGUUACUGGAGUAGACUAUUCGUAGCCAGUAAGUACAUGUCGUAUUAGAUAAUUUUUGCUUCCUUACAUGACAUAAUGAAUCUAACAAAUCUGAGAUCAAGAUUCUUAUCUUGGAUUCUCUCAAAUAAACCAUAAUUAUUGUGACUAUAGCCCGGAGGAUGAUUUUAUCAGUCAAUUAAUAAUAUUAUUUUUUACUUUUUUCAUUUUGCAGCAAUGAAACCACAUGAAGUGCAAGAAAAACUUGGUCUUACAAGAAUCCGUGAUAGGAACUGGUAUGUGCAGCCGUCAUGUGCAACAACAGGAGAUGGCUUAUAUCAAGGAUUACAAUGGCUUAGCUCCAAUCAUCGCACAUGA